GAGGCCCGGACUCGCCUCUUCCUCUAGGUCAUUUCUUCCUCUUUCCGGCGCCGAUGCAGAUUGACGUUACAACGUUUCGCUUUGCUCUUCUUGACUUCGUGGUAAAUCGCGAUUUCCCCACUUCUUAGCAUUCAAGCUGACGCCUUCGCUUCCCUGAGAUACUCAGUAGAGCUUCGGGUAUAAAUACCUCUUCAUCCAGACAUGAGCAUCACAGCUUCGACGAGAACCAGAAGAUCACUGUGUUCAAUUUCCGAAUAUUACAAUGGCGAAUCCCCAAGUCCUUCUUGCCGAUCUGAACGCAGGACGGUGCUCGAACGUCGCGGAAAGGUGGUGAAUUGAUGAGUGUCGAUGAGAAUUCAAGGAUCUUUCUUUGUACACGUUAACCGGAUUUGACGUCACACGCAGCAACACUAAUUUCCGUUUGUGUGAUGCUCCUUUCUCGAUUCGGUUCAAUGAAGGAACCUCUCUUGAGAAGAUUACGCGCGUCUGCUAGGCCCAUCAUACCUACGGAGCUUUUCCGAUUCAUGACAUAUGGUCGGAUACUUGAGCUCGCAAACACUGGGAAACAACUUCCUGGUAUGUAUUUUUAUGCUGAGUAGUUUUGUUCGGUUGUGAUAUAUCAUGUUCUAACGUUGCCCCCUUAAUUGGUGAGUUGAAUGCAAUCCGAAGCACAAUCACGGACCGUAUAGCAUGUGAUGCUCACUCUGCGUCUUGAAAGUGGUGAGAACGUUUGUGUGAGUAUGUUUGACUCGUUGGCGCUUGUAUUUCACACCAAAUUUGACAGCUAUGGGAGAGAGCCGAAAGUCAUAGUUGCUACAGGCCUGAAUCCUAAGAUUGUUGGGGGUCUUUUAUUUUUGAAUGCUACUUCCGCCACACAUCUCUACUUUGACUCUGAGACAGCUGCUCGGAAAAAACUGUUUGGCACCUUACCAGGUCAUGGAGCAGUCCCAGGAGGAUCUACUUCAAAGGUGGUUCAUGCGCAGAAGAUUGAACCAAUGACCAUCUCCGAGCUUAACCAGUUUAUUAUCACGGCUGAUUCUCAGAUAAUAGAGUUUCUUUGCACCGCUAAGGUUACUGGUAUCCAGCAAGAUGAAGGUUGGAGUUAUAUUGGCUGCUCCGGGUGUUCAAAGAAACUUGUCCGAGAGAUAUCUUCUUUCACAUGUUUAUCAUGUAAUGAAACUAAUGCUGUUGCGGCACUCAGGUACCGAGUCGCAUUGGCUGUGUCAGACAACACUGAUACUGCAUCUUUCCUAGCUUUUGAUAUAUAGAUGGCUAAACUGACCAACAUUCAAGCUUCUGAGGCUGCUCAGAUUGUGGGGAUAGGGGUAGAUGCUCAGGUCGACACAGAACUUCCUCAGUCCCUUGCUGAUAUUGUUGGAAAAACCUACACUUUCCAGCUCAAAUUGAAUGAUUUCAAUUUCUCCUCGAAGCACCAGACCUUCACCAUAUCUCGCAUCUUUCCUCAGCGAGUGCUUGCGCCCAUGCCAGCCUUUGUGGUAACUGAAGGUGCAACUGUUCCCGCCGAUGCUCAGGCUGGAGAUUUGCCACAGGGAACAAUUUCCAACAUUGGAAUCACUUCUACUGGAGCAGAUAAGCCAACUACAUCUGAUGCUUCAACUGUUAAACGUCCACCACCGGCCAAAGACCAGGAUGAUGUCGACAAAACUGCCCCGAAAAAGGCACAUGUGGAAUGAGACCAUCACUCCACAGCUAGAACAACCACAACUGCUUCUGAUUCUAAUUAUGUUUUAGUGUUCCCAUUUUCCCGGUGGACUAUUUCUCUUUUUCUUUCAAAGCAAUGUGUUAUGCUUUAGUAUUUUCUAUAUGGUUCUGAACUAUUUGUCUUUGGCUUUUUUAAAAAUGUGGUUGUUCUUUA